GUGUCAGUGAUUGCUCGUAGAAAGUAAACAAAACACAUUGCAAGUGAAAGAAGCACGUGAAAAAUAGCAAAAAUCUCUUUCGGAAUGAUAUCACGUCUUUCAAUAAAGGCCACGAGUGGCAUGUGGAGUUACAUAAACCGCACGGUCUGCGUUCGGCCGGCACAAAUCGGAGGGGCAUUGACGAGGAGCCGGAAACAACACACAGACCGGUCCGGUAGCGAUGCCCCCGUUGAGCUGGAAGCAAACCCGUUCGCUAAAGAGCAACCAAAGUGCAUCCUCUGCAAACAUGGCAUUAGUCCGGACUACAAGAACGUCCAGUUACUGUCGCAGUUUCAGAGCCCGUACACUGGUCGCGUGUACGGGCGUCACAUAACCGGCCUGUGCAAGCAACGGCACGAACAGGUGGAGAAGGAGAUUAUCAAAUCACAGAACGCUGGCCUCAUUCCCACCUAUCACAAGGCGGUCGAAUUCCUGAGCGAUCCGAAGCUGUUUGAUCCGGAGAAGGCAGUACGUCCUCAUAAAUAUUGAAAACCGAGCACGCCUUGCAUGUAGAUUCUUAUUUUGUUUCGGUCAAUGGUCAAUAAAACUGCGCGCCCAUUAGAAU